AUGUCUACACACCUUAGCGACAGAGAACAAUGCCAAACACGAGUUCCUGGACCAGUACAACCCAUCGAUAAUACUGGAGCAAGUGAUAGACCUGCCCAACCAUUACCUGAUCCAUCUGAACAAUGUCUCGAGCAAGAAGACACGCCAGAAUUUCUCGAAUUCAUUGACAGAGUUAAUGAAGAAAAACUCCCUAACUCCUCGGAUGGCAUGGAUAACCUGGCUUUAUCCCUCACUGAUAGUGGAAGAAUACCAACUACAACAUCAACAACUAACCUUGCCUCAUAUCCUGUUGGGGACACAACUGGAAAGGGAACAAUGGAUCGACCAAUAUUCGUGGGAAUUUCCGACGCAGAGAAUGAUUCACAUUUUGACACUGCCUCUAACCUCAUCCCAACAGGAGGAGCGAUCACUUCCACCGAUGUUGGGAAUUCCGGAAAUAAACGACAUCGACUGGAACGAACCGAUUCAAGAUAUUCAAGUUCCGAGAGCGAAGCAGACAUCACAAUUACCAACGUUGUACACGGGACUUCCAAACGACAGAAGUACUUGGACGGAAGGGGACUGGGAGAGGAUACGGAUGAUCAACAAAUGGAAGAGGAACCACCCUACUGGACGUUCGUCAUCCGGCAACGACCAAAACCAAAAUCAGGAAAACCACCAACAUUCACCUGUACGAAUCACGGUGACCACUGGCACAUCACCUUCCAAUCAGACCCCUCAAAUAAAGCGAGAAAACGCUCCAUCAUCUGCAAUUUUCUGGGAUUAUCUGAUGCAGCCCGCCUCGAAGGAACAGCAUCAACAGUUAUCAUCAGAAAUAUCAAGCAAUGGAUUUUGUAUCUUAUCAGAUACGGUAUCGACAGGAUUUCGUUUUUUGGUGCUGGCCAUACCGUAUUUAAAAACAUUCUCCGAUACUUUAGAAAUAACCCUACUGGAACGGAUGCAGUAGACGGACCAUGUCCAUACAUGGAAUCUAAAAGAGAAGAAAGACGAGAAAAGUCUCAAAGUCUUAACAAGAUAGAUGAAUUUAAAUUUAUAGACACACUAUGUACUGAAAAGAAAUCAUCGAGUGUAUUUGACCUGCUCAGGAAACUGUCCAAACAAGAAUUCAAGAUUCUGUAUGGAACACUAGGAAGUUCGUAUAAAGAAAAGCUCAAGGCGAUCAUGGUCUUCAACAACACACAAAAGCGAAAUUUAUACAAAGGCAAACCUUUUGAAUUUAUAUUGGAGAAGGCUUCAACAACACCAGGUGAAACUAAAAACGUAGAGUGGCUCGAGUACAUGUUCAAAGAAAAUAAAAUCUGUAUCGCCGAAUUCUUGGCAUGGACGAAGAUUGUAGCUGAAGAAAAGUUAAAUAAAAUCAACACACUUAUUCUGCAAGGACCUACGGGGACCGGAAAAUCUCUGACACUCAACUGCCUCAUUGGAAAGUUAAACAUGGGCAUCGUGACGAGAUGUGGCGACCAGAACCAGUUCUGCUUCCAGAACCUCUUAAAUAAGUCUUACGCAUUAUUUGAAGAGCCGAGACUUUCUGAACAAACGGUAGAUGAUUACAAGUUACUGUUAGAAGGAGCAGAUUUUGAAGUAAAUGCGAAACACUCAGAUCCUGAAUUGAUGCAGAGGAUACCAAUCUUCAUAUCUACAAAUAAACCAAUUGAUAAUUGGGUGCCACCGGCUGAUGGAGAUGCCCUGUACUCCAGAACCAAGACAUUCAUUCUAAGAAAAGAAAUAAAAGGGUUCUCAGACAAGCAUUCUAAUCAGUUUGGUCUCAACCCUCCACCAGGACGGAUCACUUCUUCAGACUUCUUGCUACUUUUUGAAAAAUACAAAGCAUAG